AUGGAGCUGGCAGGACCAGCUCCCUAUCUCCAGCCUGACGAAGAGGAUAUCCCUCCUGAUCCAUUUCUCCCCGGGUUUGAACGUCUGGGUCCACAGAUUUUUAUGUACAGUCCACCGGUACUAGACACGAAUGCGAGUCCGGCUGUGUCGGCGGAUUCGAGCGCAGCAACUUAUCCGCACCUAUAUGUCGUCUGUUCUUGGAUGGGCGCGAAAUCGCGCAACAUCCGAAAGUACACCAAGGCCAUUCAGACUCGGUUUCCUGUCUCGUCGAUCCUUUUGCUCCGCCAGGAUGGAGGCGACCUCUUUUGGCGCUCGGUUGGGCAGCAGAUGACGAAUUUGGCACCGGCUGUGGGCGUCGUGAGACACCUCGUCUAUAACAGAAAGCCGAACCAGCCCCGCGUGCUGAUGCAUAUUUUUUCAAACGGUGGCUCGUACACGGCAUGCCAGUUUGCCGAUGCGUACCGCAUUUCGACGGGCGAGCUCCCACCUAUCUCGGCGUUGAUUCUGGAUAGCACACCAAGCUGUCCAUCCACAAUACGAAACCACACGGCCAUCUGUGAAUAUCUCCCCAAAUCACCUGCUGCCUAUACGCUCGGCAGUGCAGCGGUUUGGGCGUACCUGGGGCUUGGGAAAGUUGUUGGCACCGUCGCAGGCAAAGAAGACUUCACGCUUUCUCUACGUAGGCGGCUCAACGAUCCCGCUAGCGCGUUCACCCAUGACACAGUCAAGAGAGUCUACAUCUACUCUCAGGCGGACAAGCUCAUUCCGGCGGCCGACGUGGAAUCACACGCUGAAGAGGCCACGCAGAUUAUCGGUCGGGACAGAGUGCAGCUCGAGGACUUUGGCCCCAGCAGACACGUGGCGCAUGCUGUGCUGGACGAGAAAAGGUACUGGGCGAUCGUCGAGGGUCUUUGGAAUGAGGUGGCGUAA